GAAUAAAAAGCAGAUCUUUAGAGAAACCGCGUUUUCUGAUAAUGCGGUUGCGUUUUCCGAUGAAAUCUGCGGUUUUAGCGUUUGUUGUCUUCUUGGUGUUUAUUCCACAGUUCUCCGUCGGAAUACGGAUGAUUCCGGGAAGAAUCGCCGCCGUAUCCACCACCGUGGGAAAUGGAUUUGAUCUCGGGUCAUUCGUGGAAGCUCCGGAGUACAGAAACGGCAAGGAGUGCGUGUCUCAGUCGUCAAACAGAGAGAACUUCGUGUCGUCUUGCGACGCUUCGUUAGUUCAUGUAGCUAUGACGCUUGACUCAGAGUACUUACGUGGCUCAAUCGCAGCCGUUCAUUCUAUGCUACGCCACGCGUCGUGUCCAGAAAACGUCUUCUUCCAUCUCAUCGCUGCCGAGUUUGACCCAGCGAGUCCACGCGUUCUGAGUCAACUCGUCCGAUCUACUUUCCCGUCGCUAAACUUCAAAGUCUACAUUUUCCGGGAAGAUACGGUGAUCAACUUUAUCUCUUCUUCAAUCAGACAAGCUUUAGAGAAUCCAUUGAACUACGCUCGGAACUACCUCGGAGAUAUUCUUGAUCCAUGCGUGGACAGAGUCAUUUACCUUGACUCAGACAUCAUCGUUGUCGAUGACAUUACAAAGCUUUGGAACACGAGUUUAACAGAGUCACGAAUCAUCGGAGCUCCGGAGUAUUGUCACGCUAACUUCACAAAGUACUUCACUUCAGGGUUCUGGUCCGACCCGGCUUUACCCGGAUUCUUCUCGGGUCGAAAGCCUUGUUAUUUCAACACGGGUGUGAUGGUGAUGGAUCUUGUUAGAUGGAGAGAAGGUAAUUACAGAGAAAAGCUUGAAACUUGGAUGCAAAUACAAAAGAAGAAGAGAAUCUACGAUUUGGGUUCUUUGCCUCCGUUUCUCUUAGUCUUCGCAGGUAACGUUGAAGCAAUAGAUCAUAGAUGGAACCAACAUGGUUUAGGAGGAGACAAUGUACGAGGAAGUUGUAGGUCUUUGCAUAAAGGUCCAGUGAGUUUGUUGCAUUGGAGUGGUAAAGGUAAGCCAUGGGUUAGGCUUGAUGAGAAGAGACCAUGUCCGUUGGAUCAUUUAUGGGAACCGUAUGAUUUAUAUGAGCAUAAGAUUGAAAGAGCUAAAGAUCAGUCUUUGUUUGGGUUCUCUUCUUUGUCUGAGUUAACAGAAGAUUCAAGCUUUUUGUGAAAAGAGUGUAAGUCAAACAACAUUCUUUUACUUGUUUUUUGUAGUUUGGAUUAUUACAAAUACAUUGUUGAGUUGUUGAGAGAUAUAUCUUUUUUGACUGUUGGUGGUGUAAAAAUUGACUUGUGAGAGAAGAAGUUUGUAGAAGCUAUUGAUGAGGAACUAGUUAGGAGAAUUCUUUUUUGGAAUUUGUAUUUUGUUAUGUUCUUUACCCUAAAUGGUUCUGUUUGAUCUGUGUUGAGAGACUUUUCAAGAAUAUGUAGCAAGUGUUGUUAGCAUGAAAUAAAACCCAAAUUUGUUA